AGUAACUAUUAUUACGCAGUACACGCGUGUACCGAAGUAAGGAGGUUAUGUUCACUAUGAUACGUGUGGUGUUUGUACGUUCGUUCAAUUGUUGAUGAAAUAUUUACCUUAAGCAAUGGCUAACGAGCAUGGCAGUGAUGAGAGAGGUAAGAAACGAAAGAAAAAACGUUCUCAAAUGCAGAUGGCGAAGAAAUUCGCCAGGCAAAGGAAUCAUGGAUCUCACGUUGAUUCUGACACUUAUCAGUACAUGAUACGUAUUUUGGAGCUGAUUAAAGGCGAUUUUUCCCCCGAAGAAAAGUUAAUAUUCGUAAAUAACGUGUACGAACAAACUGUUGGUCACGAGAUCGAGUAUGCUCAAAAUCAGGUUGGCUCGAGGAUACUGGACUCGUUUUUAAAAUAUGCGAACUUGGAAACGAUUGAGAGAUUAGUCGACGCUUUUGGCUCCUCCUUACGACCACUCAGCAGCGAUAGAUUCGCUAGCCAUGUUUUACAAAGAAUUGUAACAACCUGUGCGGACAGAGGAAAUGAAGAUAUCACAGCAAAACCAUCUCCAGAGGAAAGCACAGAUGCUGUUAUAGAGGUUAAGGAAUCUGAAAUCAAAGCUUACAAUGAUAUUGUACUGAAACUAAGCAGAUACUUUAUAAAUAACAUAGAAGAGUUUGUGUUUGACACAUACGCGAAUCAUCUUUUGAGGACUGUAAUCGAAUGUCUUGGUGGAUUGAUCAACAAACAGGAUCACAGUGAGAAGAAAAAAUCUGUGAUUGUUCCUAGGCGACCAGUGAUACAAGAAUAUAAGGACUUACUAUUGCAAACCUGUAAUAGAUUAUACAAAUGGCCUCAGUUUAUGGAGUUUGGUCAAGAUGAACUUACAUCUGGAUUGUUGCAAAGUAUUUUACAUUCUCUGAAAGAUAUAUAUCCAGAGACUAUGGAAAUGUAUAUCAAAAGAGUUACUAGUGAUUGUUUUAAACCUGGGAAGGACCAGCAGUUAUCCAACAUUUUUGAAGCAGAAUGUUCUACUAGAUUAUUAGAAGCUUGUAUAGCAGUAGCAGAAUCCAAAUCUCUGUAUACAAUUUAUGAACAAUUCUUUUCUGGUAACUUGAAACAACUGUCCUUGACUCAAAGUACAAACUAUAGUGUGCAAAGGCUGUUGGACCACUGUACAGUAAAGGAAGAUUUUGAGAAGAUAUUUGAAGAAAUUUUGACCUGUUUUGAAGAAAUUCUGAAUAAGGGAUUCACAGGAGUUAUAGCUAGCUUGGCAAAUGCUUGUUCAAGGCUACAAACCAAGCAGGGUGCAUUCGUGAACCAGCUUUCAAAAGUACUUCAUUGCGAAGCAAAAGAGAAAACCCAUCUGCUCGCGGCAUGUAUAGCAACUCUGAAAACACAGGAACAGUUAGAAGAAUUUCGCAAACAAGAUAAUUCCAAGUACGGCGUGAACUUGCAUGGGAGCUUAACAGUCCAGGCUAUUCUCAAAUUCAAUAAACCGAUAAAAAUCGUUAAUUCCCUGUUGGAGACCGAUCGAGAGGAAUUAUCGAGCUUGUUCAGUGACACUAAAGGCAGUCACAUCGUGGAUGCUUUUAUGGAUAGCAAAUACAUCGGUGAGAAAAGCAGGGAAAAACUCGCAAAGAAGUUGAAAGGAUGCUGGGCACAAUUGGCCGCCAGUACGCACGGCUCAAGAAGUUUAGAGAGAAUAUGGCAGUGGGCUCGUAUCAAUCAAAGGAUCUCGAUGAUGGAAGAAUUGGCCGCAGUUGGAGAAUCUUUACGAUCUACGAAAUCUGGACAAAUUAUAUACAAUAAAUUGAAUGUCCCCCUCUUUGCAAGAAAUAAGAAAGACUGGACGGACGCUCUUGGAAAAGAAGAAAAAACAAGAGCUCUCUUUGCUAAUAUAAUCGGGGGACCGACCGAAAAAAAAUGAUUACACAACGAUUUCUUUUUUAACAUCGUUGUAUUUAUACUAGAUAAAUUUUAAUCAUCCCAAAGCCGGCGCUCGUGUAAAAUAAAAUGUAAAGGAGAAAAGAAACUGUUUAUGCUCUUCCUUUAAGCGUUAUGACAUAGAAUAAUUAUGUAUUUCGUGAAUUCAUAAAUACAAUUUAUGGAAUCCAUCAUACAUCCCUGCAACACAAUGUAGCUAGGAAAACAUACAAUGAUUCGUAAUCUAGGUUUGAGCAAAGUUCCCUAACGCGUAUGAUCGAUAAAUUCGUUUUACCUCCCGACGAUGACUAGACUUAAAUGUACAUAUACGGUGGUUACAUUACGACGCGUACAAAGUAAAAACUUGUAUUAGCAUUCGUUACAUUGCUCGUUGCGAUCAUUAAAUCUAUCAAUUGACUAGGAAAACGUCGAUACACACCGUGUUUCUUUUUUUUUUUCCUACAUCGUAUAUCGACACAAGUAAAAACUCAAGUGCGUCAUGAAAAGAAUCCUUGAAAGAUUAACAAGAUAAUAAAUUGCGUCCCUUUAGGAUAGUCGGUUAAGGGUGUAAGCAGUUGGCGUGAUUCUUAAAUUUUCUUGAAAAUCGAAUGUAUAGGAAAAUCGUUUCUUUGGUCUUCGCGAAAAAUGUGUAAGAAAUGGAGAGAGCCUGUACUGAUUUAUCUUUUGUUCGUUAGUAAUUUGAUGUAACGAGUAAGCCACGAAAGAAGAGAUACCGAUAGUCAGCGCUAUUCUUGUACUCGAU